GUGGGUAGGUGGAGGAAAGGGACAGCCGUCGUGCGAUCUUUGAGUGCGGGAAAUUACAAUAUCAGACAUAUCGUGCGAACAAGGCUUGUGUGUCCAGAUUUCCAGUCCACGAGUCCAUGAUUAUCAUAUUGUGUUUUAUAUCGUAGCGUGUCCUUGAAGCUUUCCUUCCUUGUUUUGACAUUAGGUGAAGAACCACUUGGAAAGCUGCGAAGCGGAUCUUGAGAAAGGCGGUCUGGCCGACGAUCUGAACGGCGCCAAGCAAAUGCUUAGUUCGUUCCAAGAACAACUGAAGGCCAUCGAUACGCUUUCUUUACGGACGUUCUGUAAGGGCGAGGAACUUAUUGACUUAUUAAGACACUCGGACGUCGAGUUACGCGUGCGAAAUCCGAGCACUCCUGAGACUAUAGACGCUCAUCAUCACAUCCAAAACUUACUCGAGUUUUUACACAGUCAGAGGAGUUCAUUUCUGGAAUUUGCCGAGACUCGGAGACGAAAACUGGAACACAGGCUGGCGUUGAAGCAGUUGGAAGCCGACACGAAACAGGUACGUAUAUCUUUAAAUAUUUGUGUUGAAUCUUUUUCGGUCCCGACCUUUUAAGGUCGCGGAUAUUGUUACGUAAACUAACUUUGUUUAUAUACUGGAAAGCUUUAUCAGUUCUGCUUUAACAUUUAUCCCAAAUAAAGGGGCUCCAUUACUGGUUAAUUGUAGGCAUAGCAGAAAACUUGAACUAGACCAAUGUGUACUAGAUAGCUCCAUCAGUUCUAAACCGUUCUUCUUAGAGAUCGGCUAUGAGGUCCAUGUGUUUGAAUGACAAUAUUACCCGACCACAUGCUUCGGCAAUAAGCUUCACUAAGCACUAGUGAAGUACUCUUGUCUUUUUUUAAUAAAAUUGAGAGACUGCGAUUGAGUUUAUUCGGUCUUUCAACAUUUCUGUAUCCGUAUAACACUAACCCAAACAUCCCUGUAUGCCGGUGAAAAUCUGCUUCUGUCAGCUACCUAUUUAAAUAUAUUUAUUAAUUAAGUGCUUUUUGCUCGAUGAUCUUGUUAUAGCUGAACUCAACUUGAACAAGAGGGCUGUUUUGAUAGCUAUUUCGACCAUAUUAGUGUUUGUACAUUUGACGUCACAUAAAGUAAAGAUUGCCAAAUUAGUUGUUUAAAUUAUAACAAAAGUUGAUAACAGUCUCAUUGUUCUCUUGAAGUUGAUAAUUGGGGAAUAUUUUGAAACCAAUUUCAUGCGCAAGAGUUGCACUAACUAGUAUUAUUGGCAAACAAACGUGUCAUUAGGCCAUCGUUAGGAAAGGAUUAUCUCUUCAAAUGGAACAAAAACUCUUCAGAGAAGACGUUAACCGGAACGUUAAUGACGCUAUAUUCGCUAGCUUUUCCCUUUGAAUGAAUCAUCACUGGAACUCGUUGAGAAGUCUUGCAUCUCAUUAGCCUGAAUUUCAAAACAUUUUGAUUGGAUAAAAUAUUCGUUGACUGUAGAAUUAUAAAGGAUACUCUGGACUUCUGGGAAGAACAUAGAGCUAUCCAGUAUACAAGUUAAGUUAUUUUAGCCGUGGAUUAGAUCACUCAUUACCUUCUAACUUUGUAAGGUUAGCAUGUGUUAUAAUGAAAUAUCGUUAUUGAUAUUGUGAUCCUCGAUAUUUGAGCAAAUUCUUUUGUUAGAGUUCAUUAAAGAUGCAAUAUCGCCACAAUGAUAAAUGGUUUAAGUUACGAAAUUUUUAGGGAAUGAAUGCACAUUUCCUUGUAUAGAAACUAGAUAUCUGAGAUCAUUUUCUCUCGGUGCAUAUUUCUAUGUCUUAUAUUUGAAAUUCCUAAAAUAGAUUAAACAUGACCUUUACCUUAAAUAUGUGUACUGUCUGGUUGGCACGCGCUUCGUGCGGGCAAUACUAGUGCUUGUUUUGUUUAGUUCAAGUCAGAAUAAGAGAAAUAGUUUUAAUUUUAUGUGAAAAGUUUCAGAAAAGUUGGUAAAACGGCUGAUUGGAAUGUAAAAAUUUACGAUAGAGUUUCUCGUGUCGGGGUGACCUUAUAAUCUCCCUAGUACCGUGGUAACAAAUUGUUUUGAUAAACAGCUAAGUGAUGGCAUUUAUUACAAAUCAACAGAAUUCGCCAUAUUCUUUGCAUGUGGCCAGCUUGUGCGAUUUGAUUGUAUUUUCGGUUACGUACAGUACAGGUGUAUGAAUGUAUGUGCAGUUAACCAAAUGAUAAGUUCCAGGAGAAGAAUUUACAUCCGUGUAAUUUGAUCCUGAUCAUAUAAAAAGUUCAACCUCGUAUACGUUCAUUUCGUAGUGCACAAUUUAAUGUGAAGAGUUAUUUGUCAAUUGUGAACGCUAAUGUCGAGGGGCAAUAUUUAUGAUGUGGUAAUUAUUUUUCAUUUUGGAAAUAUUUUGGAACUAAGAUUUUAUGUUGCAUUUUAUGUUAGGUUUAUUUAAGGUAUUAAUAAGUCACUUACAAAAUUGACGAGAUUCACUCUGAAUUUAUAGAUAUAAAAUUAGUCAUUGUUUCGUUUUGAAAUCCUCUGAAGUUUUAACGUAAUGCAUAAUAGCCAAUGUAUAUAUUUUAAUGGUUUGAUCUUCCCCAUUCAAUUAUGUAAAUAAAGGUUAAAUUUGUGUAAGUUAAUAACAUUAGGCAAUACCAGUCUGAACUGUUUACACCCUGAAGCUUCUUAGGGCAGAUUUCCUUAUAUAGUAGACCAGUUAUUUUGAUAGUUUGUUAAUCUUAAAUGUUGUUUACCUUACAAAAUGUUUAGUGCUGUUUUUAAUAACACACAGUAUCAAAGUGCUGUUUAAAAACACGCAAUAUCUCUGGAAUUUCACAACAGAGAAAUCUGGUUAGUAACUUGGUUUAGCGAUUGGCAGGACCGCAAACACAACAGAUAUGGUGGUCAACCUCGAUGCUUAUUCGUCAACUUCGACACUUACUUCAGCUUGCAAGUUGAUGUACAUCUCGCAAUUUUAAACCAAAUACCAGACUGUCACGUAGAAUGAAAAAGAUUAACGUUAAUUCGAAAGCUUCGACACGGAUGCAACUACCAGAAAAAUACAAGGAGAACUUUGACGUUUCGAGCGAAGGCGCUUCUUUGGGUCCCUCGAACGAAGUGUCCUCGACGAAGUGCCCUCGCUCGAAACAUCGAAGUUCCCCUUGUAUUUUUGAGGUAAUUGUAUCCCCAUCAAUCCAGAGCUUUCUCAUUAUUGUCACUACUUAAACUGGCCCAGACUGUUAACGGUUAAUUCGUAGUCUGACAACAGGCAGUUGACUACCAUCUGCUGUGCGUUAGCGCUUAAUGGUGAAACCUACCAAUUCUGUUCGAACUGUUUAUUUACUGAGAUAAGGUCUAAUGUGUUUAUGCUUUGUUUAGGCCAUUGGAUGUAUUCGGAAUGGCGAAAAUAUGUUGCUAUCUAAUAUCAUUCCUGGAUACUCACUGGCUGAGGCUAAGGACAGUUUAGUGGAAUAUGAACAGUUUAAGACAGCAAUGGAGGCAAGUAAUUUACUCGUGGUGUUUGGUAUUGUGUUGUGUUGUGUUGUGUUGUGUUGUGAUGUGUUGUGUUCUGUAUGGUAUGGUAUGGGUGUAUGGUAUGGGGUAUAUGGUAUGGUGUAUGGUAUGAUAUGGUGGUAUGAUGUGGUAUGGUGUGGUGUGAUAUUGUGUGGUUUAAAUUGGUAUGGUUUGGUAUAGCAUAGUGUGGUAUAUAUAAUAUGCUAUGGUUUAUGCUAUGGUAUAUGAUAAUAUGAUACCAUAUUAUGGUAAUAUUGUAUGAUACCAUAUUAUGGUAAUAUUGCACUUCAGCGUAUAAGAGGGGAAAACCUCUUCUCAAUGUUUCACCAAAGGCCCUUCGUUAAGAGAGUUGGAAAAAAAACACGCUGCUUUUAAAAAUAUCAAUAUCGAUUAUGGAUUUUACGUGCGAAUUUCUUCUUCUGAUUGAUGGAAACGAGUGGAUGAGCUAUGAAUGUUUAGAAGAGGUACACAUCAGUGGUACAUAUACUCAGAACAUUCAUAACUCAUCUACUCAUUCACAUCCGUCGGAAGACGAAAUCGCACUAGAAAUCGCUAAGUGUAUACGAGCCUCACAAAAUCAAUUUAAAAAUUUUUCAAUUCUAUUCUUAUUUAGAAAACCAGCCAACGUGUGGCGUCGAUACGCAGUCGAGCAGACGAACUAGUGAAGGAGGACCAUCCCAAACCUGAGCAAGUCAUGAAAUGUUCCGAUCUCGUUUAUACAAGAUGGCAGCAACUCAUGAGGAAAGCCAAGGAAAAGCAACAAGUUGUCAUGGCCUCUUAUAACUUCUUCAAGACUUCAGAACAGGUAUGGAGAUUUUCUACUAAAGUCGUUUUUUUCCACAUUAUCGAAGGUUUUAUACACGCCUGUACGCCGGUCCACCUUUUGGGCAACAAAAUAUUAGACACAAUUCAAAAUUUCACCAAACUCUGUAAAGAAUCGCUCUUCCACCUUGGCUGCAUUCUGUGAUCGGACAUUUGUCGUUUGCACUCUGGUACAGAGCUUUCAAUAACGAUCUCGGUUUUUUCGACCAAGUGCUAAAUUGGUCAGACGAUUCAUCCGAACAAAACAUAUAGCAAUAAUUUCUCUUGAAUGAGUGGGUAAACCAAAGACUGUGCCUUAUCAUCCAUCAAAGAAUACAGGGUUGUCAAAUUUAAAGCAUUUUCACGUUUCAUCCUUCGCUAUUCGCGUUUCAGCACUUAGCUCAAAAUCCAAUGUCCAAUGCAUGCCAGUGUCCAGAGUCUUCAUCAGCCUGUGGACUUAAAUUGGUAAAUCUUUAAUUUGAUUUUUACGGUGAGGUAAUCUCGCAGCCAACUUCGGAAUUAAUUAAGUAUCACAGCGCUCCCACGCGUGUAUUCGCCAUCGUGUGUAUCACGCGUGGGUUCCACGACAAUUGCGUGGAUUCCACGACAAUUGCGUGUGUACCACGAGACUUACGUAUGUACCACUGAUCUCAAAGUUUCACAUGUUAGAUAUGUUAUGUGUUCUUUGACCUCCCAUAUAUACUCUCUUAAUUUCAAACACAUUUCGUUACGACUUCCAUCUUAGAGUCCACGCUCUCCUUGUGAGGCGGCCGAUUUAUUACAAGUCCAUGGAGACUAGAUAGCUUGGCGUCUCUUGUGGUUUUCCUGAUGUCGGAAUAAAGCUUCAUUAACAGCUCGUGUUCUAACUUUAGAUCUUAUGCUCUUUUAAUUUAAUUCACUUCUCUUGAGUAACCGGAUAAUUUUCCCCUGUGGUUUUCCUGACGACGGGAUAAACGUUCAUUAACAAUACGACUAACGUUCUUCUUUUGAUAAUAUAAAUUGAUAGUUUUAAGACUUGUGCUUUCCUAAUUUCAAUCAGUCGUCUCAUAGGUGACCGCAUGAUUCACAUUUUCCUGGCUACGAGACAAAGUUUCAUGAGUUACGACUAGCUUUCCUCCAGACGACAUGUUCCUAGCGUAGUUUUUGUGACUUCGGGAUAAAUUUUUCAUUCACCGCCUGGUUUAUCUUUGGUAUCCCGUAGGCAAAGGUUCAAUCCUCCUUACCUUAUAAAUAUAUCUUUGGAACUCAUACUUCUUAAAGGCUGGUUUAUACUAUCAAAGUUUCUGUGAUCACAGUAAGAAUUUUGCAAAGGUAAAUUCUAAGUUUGGAUUGGUAAGAAAUGUUAGAGGGAACUGUCUUAGUGUUAAACAUUUCAUACGACUCCUUCAAAACUUAGAAUUUACCUAUGCAAAAAAUUUUAUACUGUAAUCACAGAAACUUUAACAAUGUGAACCAACCAACCUUAAAAUUUGCAAUUCUACAACGUUAUGGAGACCCAUGCCCUCUAAAUUUUAACUACUUUUCUUGCUUGACCAGCUAAUUAAGUUAUCGUCUUGUCUCAUUUUCCUGUCUUCCAUGCCAGAUCUGGUUUUAGGUUCACAGUUAAACUUUAGAGCUUAUGCUCUCGCAAUGUAAACCACGUCUCCCAGGUGACCGGAUAAUUUGUCUCUUCUGGUUUUCCUGAUUUCUGGAGAGAAAUUUUCAUAAACUGAUUUCGGGUUAUAUGUCUUCCUUGGUGGUUGAAAUUCUAACCCGGCUGCCUUCUAGGUGAACUUUCUGUUUUUGGUUCAUAGACAUAAUUAUAACUUUUGAAAUCCUGUCCUUUUUAUUUUAUCCUCUAUUCUUGAGUGGCCCGAUACUUUGUCUCUUGGGACUUCGGAAUACAUUUUCAUUCACAAUCGAUGACAUAAUGUACUACUUUUAAAAUCAUAUCAUAAUUCAUAAUUAUAACUUUUGAACCUCUAUUAUUGAGUGGCCCGAUACUUUGUCUUGUGACUUCCGAGGUGAUUUCGGAAUACAGUUUCAUUUACAAUCGAUGACAUAAUCUACUACUUUUAAAAUCAUAUCAUAAUUCAUAAUUAUAACUUUUGAAAUCGUGUCCUCCUUAUUUUAACCUCUAUUCUUGAGUGGCCCGAUACUUUGUCUCUUGUGACUUCGGAAUACAGUUUCAUUCACAAUCGAUGACAUAAUCGAGCACUUGUGUUACAAAGCCAAAAUUUCCCUAGGGUAUGUAUACCCAACUCAGCACGACAAAAAUCAAAGCUUUGCCGACAUUGGAUGGAUUCGUGUUCCCAGCGACCGAAAAGCAACAUAAACAGUCAGUAUGUGGGAUGUGCUAAUCCUGACACCACACUUUUGUAAACAGAGUUAAUCCUUGAACAACAUCGACUAUUGCCGACGCGAUUUCGUGAAAAGCAAAAACCAGAGCUGUCUUACCAGGAAAUUUAAUUUCAAAUAAAUUAUACAAAAUUGAUAAGCCAAUUUUAUUGUGAAAAUGAAACAGGAAAAUUCAAUUGAUAUAAUUGGGGAAAUUGAAAUUGAAGUUGAAAGACACAGGAAAGGAACUGAUUGUCCGUGGAAUUAUUAUAAAACUAGAAUCUAGGAUAGAUUUCUAUGCAAGGAUUCGCCCCUUCCUGAAUAUGACGCAAUUUCCUUUUUUAAUUAUUGCGAGUUAGUUACCCUGCUUUUUAGUAGAAAAAUUGAUGAACUUAAUAGCGCUACGAAGUAAAUAUAAAGUUAGUUAAGUUUAGUUUAUUCGGAUCUCCGACUCCGUGCAGGUGUUUUGAAAUGGUGUAUGCUUCUUUCGAAAAUAGAAGAUAAUCUUAUUUGUGUAUAGCGCGACAAAGCCAGUUUAAUAAGUUAAGUUAGUUAAGUUGUCAACAUUGGAAUUCCCAGAGCUGACAUAGAUUAAAGUUUCGGAAUAUAAAUACCGAACCGCAGUGAAGCAAAACUCGUAUGUUUACAAUUCAAACAUACAAUUGUAUUGUCCAAAGUUGUCGUGUUGAUUUAUCGUCGCCCGCCAGUUAAUGAGCAAUAAAAUGAUUAUAAAAAACAACAAUCGGAAACGCGAUACGACCCGAAAAGACUGGGCUGGGUUGUAAUCUGCUGCAGUCAAUGAAAACCACAAUCCAGACUCAGGAAAAGCUAGUGAGAUAAAUUAUCCGGUGGACAAGAGAAGAUUUAUGUUGGCAUGCAAAUGUUCUGGGUGGCGGGGGUUUCUGUAUAUUUAACCGUAUUUAAUGAAACUUAAUCGCAAUAUGAGGAAGCCACAAGGAAUAAAUUAUCAAUUCAAUGAACACAUUAAGAAAAAAGGAAGCUAUUUGAAGCUAUCGAUAUUUUCGUUAUACACUAAAUGUGGGCUAUCUAUAGGUAUAAUGAUUGUUAAUCUCUUGGAAACCACACACAAGAAAUAAACAUUGCUCAUUGUAGAAAAUGGCUGAACAAGUCGGAAAGAAAGUUUUGUUAUUGGUCGUAAUUUAGCCGUAGUGUAUGAAACCGAGUCCAGGAAACCACAAGUUGUUUAUAAAUAAUCCAUUCAAGGAAGAAAUUCAGAAAACAUUCUGAACUACUCAAAAUGAAAGCUGUAUAAUUGUUAUCGAUAGUAUUUUAGCCUUAGUUUAUGAAACCAUGAUAGACCAGGAAGCAUUAUCCUUAAAUUAUAAUGCAGUCCAGGAAGAAGAUGCUAAAACUAGCACUAAGCCGUGAUGAUUUCAAACUAAUCAGAAAAACGUCUGCUUGCAUGUGUGAUAAAUUUGCGUGUUUGGCCAUAUAUAGUUAAGUUGAAGAUUUCUUCAAAAACUUUUUUUCGUCAUUGAAAAGCAAAAAGUUGAUUGGUUAUUAAGUGUUAUGUACGUAAUUACCAUACUUGUAUUUGCGUACCUUCGAUAAUACCAUUGCCGUAAGCUUCGUGUGAAAUGUUCCGCUUAGAUUCGCCUUUUCCAUCCUUUUGUGUUUUCAAUGAUGUUUUGUGUUAUUUUGGCCCGCUAAGGUUACCUAAUUAUUUAUAUAACAGUUUAGUGUCGAACUGUUCAUUUAACACAUGAGUAUAUUUACAAAUUACACCUAGCAAUUAAGUUUGUAUCUCGUGCACAAAAUUGGUUUUAUUGAAUUUUUUUACAUCGUUUGUGCAUUCCAGUGCGUUCGUUAGACACAUUGGCUGGCCUAUUCAUAGCGUAUUGGACUCAGAGAUCUAUUCAAGUUGUAAAAGUAAACUCCAGCAUAAAAUUCUGAUAUUAAUACGUUUCUAAAAGCCACAGAUCUUUUGAGGGUGGAUGAAGAUUUUUUACCUGGAUUAUAUUUUGUUUUUCUUUGAAGUAUUUAAAUUGGGAUUAUACGAUGUAAUUGUGUAUGCACUUGGCGUAUUGUAUGUCCUUGUAUAGUGGCUAUCUUCGUAUAGUGACCUUUUUAAGUUGACCAGAUUGACCUGUUAAAUAUAUAGUUGUUAAAAUGCGCAGAUUAGCUUGUGGGAGGGUGAGAAUUUUUGGGUGGAUUAUGAUUUAUAUCUUUCCUCGAUGAAAAACGGCGUUGCUUGUGUUAUUGUGUUCCUGUGUAUUGUUAAAUGUAGCAAUUUACGUAGAAGCUGAAGGUGGUAUGUACAGGUCCAAGCAUCGACGUCAUAACAUAAUUGACCGGGGUUUUUGUUUUCACGGAUAUUGAGAUAUCGCGGUGUCGUGUGACUAUUCAGCUGUGUCGGAUGAUAAACGGCGAUCGUCUUGUUGGAGGAAACUCUAAAACGACUGCGUUAUACAACGAAAGAAGACGUACGAUUUUCAUGUAUUUGUAAAAUGGUGGGAACGUUUGUUACAAUGGGUUGCGGUACAUUAACCUAGCGAAUGUGAUAGGAAUCUAUAACUUUUCUUACUCAAGUCUGGUUGUGUCAUAUCAAUAUGGAGACUGUGCUAGCUGGCCACCUGAACGAAAGACUUUGGGAUUAUAUUUCGGAUUUUUUAUUCGACGAGGUAUUAUGAAUACAGACUUUAUUAUUUGGGAAUAUGUUUGGCUAUGUGUAGGAUUAAAGCUCGCUUGAAAGACAUCUUCUCUUUGUUGUUGUCCGAAAUUGGCUUAUCUAUUUCCAGAUUCAGAUGCAUGAUUGCCCAAUUUGUUUUAGUUGUGUUACCGUAUAUGUACUAGAUCACUGCUUUUAUUUCCUGUGAGACCUAUAGCACGCAAAACCGUAUUGGAUAGUAAUAUGUACAUUGUUGCUAGUACGAAGUAUGCGUGUCAACGUACAAGAUAUUAACAUUUAAUAUACUCAGAUUAAAGGAUAAUGAUCAUACUUUCAUAUAUAUUUGGGAUUUCGUAAUUGAUAUUAUAGCUAAUGUUUUCGUCACAUUGAACUAUGGAACUGUAGUUUAGACGUUUAGCUAAUAAAGGCCAAAACACUAUAUUGAAAUGUAUGCUGUGAAUCAUAGGUUAGGACUAACAGUUCUGAAACUUAAUCCCACUACGGCCACUGUUUGCAGCCGCCUGUAUCAAUUUCAUAGUUUAACUAUCGAUAGCCUAGGGGUUAAUAUUAGGUAAGAGCAAUUGUUGACCUUCAAUAUAAGGUAUUCUUUCAAUAAUUUGUAACCAUAAACCUUACUUUACGCUGUGGGGAAGGAACUGUCCUUUCAACUGUGGAUAUACUGUAUAUCCUUACAAUAGCCAUUAAGAGAUUCUCGAAUGUUCUUAGUAAAUAAGGUGUUUAAAUUUAAGUAUAGCCUUUGAGCAAAUUAUAUGCUAUAUACAAGCCUUACUUUCUGGCGGUUCCGAUUAGGUUUUCCUAAGGAUUUUAAAGUUCGUACAUUAUGAUGUGAUUCAAGCAAGUACUGUAGCAUCAAGCUCCCCGGGUGGGGGCUGGCUAGAAUUGCCCGAACGGCAGGAGAGUGGGAAACUCGUGUUUCGAAGACGGGUUGUGGUGUUUUUUCUUUUGAAAUUCACUGUUGCGUAUCUGUCAAUAUCAUGUCGCUUUUGUCUUGUGCUAAGCAGGGUUUCAACGCGCGAGAAAACUUUGGAAAAGAGAGGUGGAAACUAGGUGUAGUCUUCAUUCUUCGAAAUCAUUCUUCUCUGGCAAUUUUCGAAGAACACCCAUUCUAAGACAGUUAUAACUUAAGUGAAAUUAUCUUUGAACUCUUGUUAUAUUGUACUCCAUAUUGCUUCUAAGAAGAGCUUUUAUUUAUAAACACAGGUCAUCUACUUAAAAUAGCGAUUUAAGCUUGUUGUAACUCGGGAAGAACACUUCCCCAAGUUAAAGAGAAAAGUUAAAAUUUAAGGCGAAUGUUUGUAAACGAGACUUUUGUUAUAUUUUACUCCAUAAUGCUUCUAAGAAGAGGUAUUCCAUUGUUUAUAAACAGCUCAUACGCUUUAAAUAACCAAAGUCUAAAGAUUCAAUUUAUUCUCUUUCGCUUUAUUUAACACUUGCUAUUCUAGGUGAAUCUAUUUGCUGUUGGGAUUAGUUUUGUUUAAUUUAAUGUUGUCACGAGCGCUUAUAAAUAGGACACUAUACAGGGUGUCUCAAAAAAAACCAAAAUCAUUGAAAUAACGUAUUGUUCGAAUUUCAAUGCCGUAACACAAAGGAUUUUGACAGGGUGAUUAAUUUGUUUUUAAAAAUUAAAAUAUCUUUGUAAAGUGAACGUUUGUUUGCUCAUGGGAAUUUAAAAAUGCUUCGUAAAUUGUAAUAUGCGUAAUAUGCAUUCGUGGGUUUAGUACUUUAUAAUUAUAGCAGUUAUGUCAAUCUUUUAUGCACUCGUGGGAUUAACUUAGUGCUAGGGCAUUGAAUAUCGAACAAUACGUCAAUUUCAAUGAUUUUGGGUGUUUUUGAGACACCCUGUAUAUCGGCAGUUCUUCCAUUUUGAAUCUAGAAGUCUUAUAGGAUUCUUUGUGACUUCGAGUGCGAGUAUUGUGCUUCAUUGUGUAGAUGCAUCGUGCUUCAUUGUCUUGAAAGACGACGUGAAAGAAGGCUUGAAAGAAAUGCUUAUACUUUAUGUAUCAUGCAUCGGUCUUUGGACUUUGCUUUGCCUUUGACAUAAGCCGAAACGGCAAACAAGUUUCUAAUUAUUGAACCUCUUAUAAUCCUGUUAUUUUUCUUUUGAAAGUGUACCAUUGUACAAGUUACGUUUCAGCCUAAGGGUUCGUGAAGUAGCCUCAUGUUUUGGCGUCCGUUUUCCGUGAACUAUGCAACUAACAUCACAUUAAAAAUGUGAGCAUGUUUCCUAUGACAAGUUUUCACAUGAAAAGUUUUAUUUAUAGGCAACUUUGCCAAGUUUUUCUGUGACCUGUUCAAAACCUAGCAUGUACUGGCUUGUGAACAAAUGCACAUGUCAUAGAAUACAAAUUUUGCUUGUUUGUGCUUGCAUAUGGGUAGCACACGUCAUAUAGUCUAUUAUAUGGGUCGACAAAGAAGAUUUGAUAAAAUAAUUUGAGCACUUGUCACUGCGGCUGUCCAGCGAUAAAUUAUUGUAGUAGUUUUAUCGUGGCCGGACAGCUAGAAAACGAAAAAGUUGACAACUAUUGCCGUAUGAAAACUAGUCGUAGAAAACUUUAAUUAAAUUUUAACCAGAAUGAGAUUAAAUUUUAACCAGGCACAGUCCCAAUCAACGCAUAGCGCAUAUUCUGGUAAAAUCAACCAAGAUUCGUUCUUAGACCUGAAGAAUAUCAUGAAAUACCAGACAAUUAAAAACGAUGUCUGUGAUGGAGCUUUCGAUGAGAAAUAUUAUAUCACAAGAUCAUGUUAUGUCUAGCGGACUGAAUUAAACUCCAGACAAAUCAUUUAAUUUAAACAAUGCCUGCUGGCUUAAACCAACUAUACCUCGAAUGUAAGCACAGGCGGCCCAGACUUGUAUCAGUAUGUAGUAAAUAUAUAAUUAUAGAAUAUACUACACAGUAAAAUUUGUAAUGAAUUCUAUAUUUUAAAAUUAUAUUUACUUGCCUAAUUUGAUUGUACGUGAUCGUCAGGUUACACCUAUCACCUAUGCCUGCGACUAUCAUCAUAGACAUAGCUGAUAUUCCUAUCGAGUGUAAAGUCGCCCAGAAAUAAAAGACGAUCACAUACAAUCAAAUCAGGCAAGUAAAUAUAAUUUUAAAAUAUAAAAUUCAUUACAAAUUUUACUGUGUAGUAUAUUCUAUAAUCAUAUAUUUACUAUAUACUGAUAAACGUCUGGGCUGCCUGCAGUGAGGUAAGCAUCGAAUGGCAUUCAAAACGUUGGUUGAAAAAUGUAGCUGCCUCAAAAAUGUAGCUGCCUCAAAAAUGUAUAAAAUAUUUUUGAUGUAUUGUGGAUACAACCACUUCCAAAACAGUAAAAUAAAUCGUACGUGCUUGUAUUUUGGACACUUGCCAAAAGUUUGACUGUAAUAGCUAGUGAACAGGGACGCCGGAACGAUGUGAAGGCAAAGGGGGCAGAUUUUCGUGAAAGGGCACUUUUGAAUUGAUAUAUACUAAGAGAUGUUUGCAAAACAUCGGGGGUUGAACUUCGCCUAAUCAUGUUUUCUAUUUAUUGGACGAUAGGGGUGUGUGGGGAUUCUCCGCCAGGCGAUUGUGCUAUUCUUGAAGCUCGAUGACUGCAUUUCUUGCGUUUUCUGAAGCAAAUUCGUAAAAGAAUUGCACUAACAUUUCUGACAAUUCGCUAUUUUGCCAAGGCAAUCAUUUAAAUCGAAAGAGCACCUCGGGGGCGGCUGCCUCUUCUGUCCCCCCAGUUCCGGCGUCCCUGCUAGUGAACCACGUCUGAUCUUGGGUGUCGCUGUCGAGGUCAUUAUAAAGGCUGGUGUUUACAUUGUCACGUUUCUGUGAUCACAGUAGGAAUUUUGCAUAGGUAAAUCUUAAGUUUUGAAAAAUUUGUAAGAAAUGUUUGAAGGAACUGAUCAGUGUUAAACACCAAGUGAGUUUCCUCAAACGUUUCUUAUAAAUCCGUCAAAACUUAAUAAAAAUUCACCUAUGCAAAAUUCAUACUGUGAUCACAGAAACUUGAAUGAAUAUAUUCUAGAUAAGUAUUAGAUUUUUUGUUUAAUGUAAAUAGCAUUAUAUGUAUAAUUAUGUAUUUGUAAUCAGUGAACCUAAAAUUUUGCGUUAUUCAGCCGAGGAAUUUUUCUGAGGCUGUACGUUUUAAAGUUUAUUUAAACUAUCAGACACCAUCGACAAAACAACCAACUGUCGAUAAAAAUCAUUGCAUGUUGAGAUAAGAUGUAAAUUUAGGAAGAACAGUGUCCUAUACACCUUUGGCAAACUACUGUCUUAAGAAAGAAACUACUUUUAAAUAGCGAGUGGGCGCUAGAAUGGUGGGCGUGGACGUUUCUGAAUAAACAAAGUUAAAAUUAAACAUGAGAAAUAUUUCCGGAAUAACUCCAGCACUAUCACACUUCCCAUCGCAACGUUGUAUUUUUAAAGUAACAGCGAGGAUCGCUAAGAUUAAGCUAAACUAAACUAACUUUACUUAUAUUCGUUAGCUGUAUCAUUUCUAAACUGUUUUCUAUAGAGGUCCGGUAAGGGUCAUAAAACUUAAUUUUAUAAACUAAACUAACUUUAUUUGAACUGGAUAGCUUUAAGAUAAUCUUUCAAAAUGUCAUCUUAUGCAUAUUGGUCUAGUUGGGCAUCACGUGUGUUUCAAAAGAGCCAAAAAUUUUUGUACUGUUUGGCUGUACCAUUUCUAUUCCAUUGAGAUCCAGCUAAGGUUAUAUACCUUAACUAAACUAACUUGAUUUGAACUGGAUAGCUCUAUCAUUAUUAAGCUAAUUUCUCAAAAUGUCAUCCUAUGCAUAUAUUGGUCUAGUUGGAAAUGACGUGCGUUUUAAAAGAGUCAAACUGUAACCGCUAGUACUUUUGCCACAUGUGACUGAGUUGAAAUUAUAGUAAUAAUAGUAUUCGAGCAAAUGCAUACAUACGUCAGUUUUAGAUGUGAAUACCGAUAUCUCAAACAUUUGCGUCCAGUGUAGGUGGUAUUCCAGGGCUGCAAGUUACUGUCGGACAUCGGACAAUGUCGACUAAAUUUGGCAAAUGUCCGAGCAAAAGUAAUUUUGUCCGAUGACAUUGGUCCGAUCACAAAAAAAAUUGUCACAUUACACAUUUUUUUGCUGUGACAAAAUCCGAUUGCAAAUUCACUCAAUUUGCAUUUUGCAAUAAAAUUUACGAGGCAUUCUAGCAUUUUACUUAACGUUGCGCCGGAAUGGCUAUACAUACUUGUCUCGUGACUUAUAUAUAUCUUAUGACGUAUAUAUGUCCGAUCAAAUGUAGUAAUGUUGGUUUUUGACGGACCAAAUUCAAGUUAUGUCCGACCGAAAUUAAAAGUGAUCGGACAAAUGUCCUGUCAAGUCAAGUUUGUUGAAACUGAAAAAAAGAUGAAGAAAUCUUUCAUCGUUUUCUAAUUUAAUUCAUUUUUAUCUGCCAUCCCUACAGGUCAGCAGUCUCCUACAAAAAGUUUUGAAAGAUUACAAGAUUGGCGAUGACCCUUGUUCGCAGUACGCUGAACUCGAGUUGCGCGAUCGAUGUAGUGUGAUUGCAUCAUUACUUGAGAACCACGCGCGGGAACGCGAGGACAUCGCGAAGGGCCACGAAGCGGUGUACGGGUUUGCGGACGCCUUUCUCAAGAACGUCUCGCCGACCGCUGAGAAUGGCGGGACAGUCACCGCGGGCACGCCUAACGAUGCUAAUAAGGAGAAGAUGGAACAACAAGUUAAGGAGAUUUCAGAGUUGAUCAGAGGACAGAAGAAAUUUGCUCUGGAUCUGUGGGGUGUAAAGAAUACUGUGCUGGGACAAUGUAAAGAAUUUCUCGACUUUGAGACUAAUGCAAAACAGGUAUUAUACAAACCAGUUUCUAUACGAAAGUAAAUUAACUUUAUUUAUUCAUACUGAACAGCUCUGUCAGUUCUUAAAUGCUUUUCCUACACACGUAAAAACUCACAAGUUGUCACAGAUCUGCAAGUUGUAACAAGGUUGUAGUAGCGCCGAUAUCAGGAUGUGUUCGCACUGCUUGUUCCCAGUUGCUGUGACAAGUCUGGAACAAUUUGUUAUCACCGUUUUACAAGGUUGAGGACGGUAACAGACUUGCUACAAGUUGUUCCAACAAGAUUAAUACAGCCUGUAUCGUAACACGUCACUACGAACUUGUUGUCGUCAACUUGUUAAAGCCGGUUACAGACGAGCAAGUUUUCUAUGACAAGUUUUUAUGUGACAAGUUUUAUUUGCCAAGUGCACGUGUGUGUAUGCAACAAAUUUUAUAUGACAAGUUUUCAUAUGACAAGUUUUAUUUACUGGUGUGAACGUGUCAGAAAAGCGUAUUUAUCGCCGCCAUGACAGAAAAAUUAUAAUAGUCCACUGGCUAAUCACAUCAAAAUAGAUCAAAUGCUCACUUUGGCAAGUUUACUUUGUUGACCCAUACAGACGAACAAAAUUUGUACUUUCACAAUUUUUUCUAUCACAAGUACACUUAUUCAAAAGCUAGCAUGCUAGCUUUUGAACAAGUGCACUUGGCAUAGAAAAAAUUGUCAAAGUUGCGCGUACAGACGAACAAAUAAAACUUGUCACAUAAAAACUUGUCAUAGAAAACUUGCAGCCGGUUUAACAACUUGUAGCCGGUUUAACAACUUGUUACGGGCAGACGAUAUCGGACUUACUGGAACAACUUGUUGCGUCGCCUCGUUAAUCUUGUUAGAAGAUGAUGAAACGGACAACUGGGAACGAGCUGUGACACCAACAUUCCCCUCUCUUAAAGUUAAUUCCGCUUAUUUCAUCACUAAUAAUAUACAUGAACACAUUUCUCAAUUCUGGUUGGCUAAGAGCAGCGCAAUUUUUUCGAAAAUACAGUGCAAAAAAAGGAAAUACAGUGCAAAUUUCUUACAGUCAUGCCAAUAGAAGCGUUCCGAAAAAUGUUGACCAAUUUAUUUCCUAACUUUAAAGAACACCUCUGAACAAUUCCUCAACAAUUUGAUAAGUUCCUAACUUCCUGUUUCAUUGACCAAUCAAAUUUUAUAUUUUAUUUUUGAGCAAUCUGAUUGGUCAAUGAAACAAGAAGUUAGGAACUUUUUAAGGAACUUAUCAAAUUAUUGAGGAAUUGUUCAGAGGUGUUCCUUCAAGUUAGGAAAUGAAUUGGUCAACAUUUUUCGGAACGCUGCUAUUGGCACGACAGUAAUUUUCUUAAUUUUUUAUUUUUCAAAUUUCUUAAUUUUCUUAAUUUCUAAAGGUGACAUACGCACGUAACUGCAUAAUAUUAAUAAGUAAUAGUAUGUAUAACAUCAUAUUCACCUGAGUACACAACACCAACACAAAAAAUCAUGAUUAUUAGAUUACAUUGAUGUCGAAGGAGCUAGACUCAGUUCCGAAAUAUCACAUACUCGAACUGACCUGACCGCGUAGCUCAGUUGGCAGAGCAAAUGGGCUAGUAUUCCAAAGGUCGUAGGUUCGAUUUCCACCGUGGCCAGGCAUAUUUUUCAAGCUUGCCCGGUGUGGGUACACACUCAGAGUAACAUCACAAACAUCAUAUUCACCUGAGUACACAACACCAACACAAAAAAUCAGUAAUAGUAUGGUUUCUCAUGCAAUUUGAAAAAAAACCUACACUCGUGAGUUUUUCAAAGACUUCAAAUUCAAUUUUGAUCGUCUUUGGAAAACUCACUCAUGCAUGUGUUUUCCAAAUUGCACUAGAAACCAUACUAUUAUUGCCUAUACAAAUAAGUCGAAAUAAAGCAAAACAAAAAGGGCGGGAAAAUUCUUGACUCAGUAGUCCACAAUGUUGUGCAAUGAAUGCUCAUUGUUCUGUGCAACUUCCGGUUGUGGUAGCGAGGUCAAGAUUGUCAUGUUUGUUUUUUAAGGCAUUGGAAUGGAUUCACGACCAGGGAGAAUUUUAUUUAUCAUCGAAUGCGACGAUACCGGAGAGUGAGGACGAGGCGAAACAACGCUACGAAGAACAUCUGAAAUUUACCGAAAUGUCAGAGGUACAUGAGGUGACUACCGUGACUUUCUACUUUGUCUUUCUACGGUUACUUGUGUCUGUGCCAUUGAACUAUAAAUAAACUGGAAGGCUAACUCAGGGG